AUAACUUACUUGCAUCUUGUGUGCAUUUUUGCAUCUCAGUCGUAACGGGACCGUAGCUUUCCAUGUAAGUAAUUAUAGCUUUUUUACUACGCCAAAAGGAUGUUUCGUUAAUUACUCGAGGAAAAAUAACUUGUUUUAUGUAAAUCGGGAACGAUCGUCUUCGCUCGGAUUAUUUAAAAAUUACCUGUAAGGUAUAAGACUGCUUAAACGUGGAUGGACAAUAAGAAUUAAUACAAUCUUUGGUUAUCUCUGUGAAAGAUGAUCGCUUUUUCUCUUGCCGUUCUCAGCGUGGUAGCUGGGGGGGUCUCAGCAGGCUAUGCAGGUUCGAAUUCUGGAAACGACUUAGGUUAUGGUGGUUCAGGGGAUUCCUAUGGAUACGGAUAUUCCGGAACCUUUUCAGGCAGCGAGCCCGUACCGAACUUCGAAUUUCCAGGGUUCGAUUUUCCUGGAUUUGUAGGCAACUACGUCAAUUCCUUGAGCAGACACCACGAAGACUUUAUCAGAAAAGGUGGUGGUGUUUUAAGCUAUUCUUACGCUUCCUCUAGUCCAACAGCUAGCGCUAGAGCCCAGUCUUCCUUAACUUUCAAAAGUAGUAACGGCUUACAAGCCCACGUCGGUUAUGGCCAACCGGGAGGUUAUUCUGGAGGAUUUGGAGGAUCUUUUGGAAGCGGAAACGACGGAGCAUUUAGUGGUAGUUACUCCGGACCUGAAACUUAUUCUUAUUCCUCCCCAAACACCGGACCACGUGUUUACCCCGAAAGCAUAAAUUUCGCUCAGAGGGGUGCCUUCGGAGGCCCAGGGUCUGGAGCGGCUUCUUCAAGUGCAUCGAUCGGACCUGGAGGAGUCCAUCAAACUGCUGCCGUGUACCCGGAAAAUCCAAAAAAACCAAAUGUUAAUACCAGAUACGCGGCACCGGCAGGUGGAGCUUUCCGCAGCGUUAUCACCGCCAGCGAAAGCCGCACAAGUAGCGUCGGCGGUAAGCCAGUGACUGUGCAGAAGGCACAGACCACUGUGAACGAUAACGGAAAAGUUACCACUUACAUAGUUGAAAACCCAUAAUUAUAAAAUUAUACUGUACUUAUAUUUUGUAUUAUAUUUCUAAAUAUUCUUAAUAAACAACCUUUAAGCUUUUUA